GUAGCAAUGCCAGGGUGAUUCAACAACGGAACGCAUUUCUUUAAAAUGGUUUAAUGUUGAGAAGCGAUGUCUGAAACGAAAGUAACGUUGUUUAAGUAUCGGUUCGCUCUUACGGCUUGCCCCAUCUCUUGUGGCCACACCUGUAUUAACUAUUAUUUAUGAGACUGCAAUAUAAAAGGGAACGUUACUUACUUCGACGGCAAACGGCAUGAUUUGAGAGACUACUUAGGAUUUUGACAGUUUCGACGUCGUUAUGCAGUCCUCUUCGGUAAAAUGAUAUUCCAUUGACCAGUUGUUGAUUUUAAUAUCAUUGACACAUGAUUGUUUUUAAAACGGUUUCGUGUUUAAAACAGAAACGGAAAAUAUUGCUAUUAUUUUAAACACUGAACGCCAAGUCAUUCAUUUAUAAUGACGAUAUCAUACAUGUUUGACUGACUGUACUUUGCUUAUCCAGGGUAUUGGAGCGGUGUCUGGUGAUCACACCAUAGUAUUCUUUGACUUGGAGACUACCGGAUUAGGUAUUGUACAAAAUAUAUGCUCUUGUGUUUAAUAUUGUUAGGUUGAUAGAGUACUUUACCGUUUUGUGUUAAAAGCCUCUAUAAUAAAAAGAAAGUAAUAGACUUACAGUAGAAUGAGGGUAAUAACCGUUGGUGGAAAAAGUACCCAAUCGUUAUACUUGAGUAAAAGUAAAGAUACCUUAAUAAAAAAUGGCUCAAGUAAAAGAUAGUCACCCAGUAAAAUACUACUUGAGUAAAAGUCUUAAGUAUUUGGUUUUAAAUACAGUAUACUUAAAUAUCAAAAGUAAAUGUAAUUGCUAAAAUAUACUUAACUAUCAAAAGUAAAGUAUAAAUCAUUUAAAAUUCCUUAUAUUAAGCAAACCAGACGGCACAAUCGUGAUUUUUUUAAAUUUACGGAUAGCCAAGGACACACUCCAACACCCAGACAUAAUUUACAAAUGAAGCGUUUGUGUUUAGUGAGUCCUCAAGAUCAGAGGCAGUAGAGAUGACCAGGGAUGCUCUUUUGAUAAGUGUGUGAAUUGGACCAUUUUCCUGUAAGAGUACUUUUGGGUGUCAGGGAGAAUGUAUGGAGUAAAAAGCCUAUUAUUUUCUUUAGGAAUGUAGUGAAGAAAAAAAUGUAAAAAAUAUAAAUAGUAAAGUAAGGUGCAGAUACCACAAAAGACAACUUAAGUAGUGCUUUAACAUUUUUUACAUUUUACAUUUUAGUCAUUUAGCAGACGCUCUUAUCCAGAGCGACUUACAGGAGCAAUUAGGGUUAAGUGCCUUGCUCAAGGGCACAUUAACGUCAUUUAGCAGACGCUCUUAGCCAGAGCGACUCACAAAUUGGUGCGUUCACCCUAUAGCCAGUGGGAUAACCACUUUACAAUUGGGGGGGGGGAAUACUUUAAAGUAUUUUUCUUAAGUACUUUACCACUGGAAAUAACCGUUUUGUUGUUGUUGCAUUUCCCCAUUUAGUAGUAGACUAGACACAAAGUAUUGUAAAUGUUAGCUCUAAGAAACCCUGUAUACAAUUCAAUAACUUUUUAAGAAUUAUGUAUAUACAGUAUAUGUGUGACAAAGAUGUGCGUGGGUGUUUAUAGCGUGACAGUUUGAUCCCUGCUCUCUCUGAGGAAGUGGUGUGUGAAAACAAGUUACGCAAUGUCUACUGGCUCACUUACAUUUUUACAUUUACAUUUUAGUCAUUUAGCAGACGCUCUUAGCCAGAGCGACUUACAGGAGCAAUUAGGGUUAAGUGCCUUGCUUAAGGGCACAUCGACAGAUUUGUCACCUAGUCGGCUCGGGGAUUAGAACCAGCGACCUUUCGGUUACUGGCACAACGCUCUUACCCACUAAGCUACCUGCCGCCCCUUGAUGGACCAGGAUAGCUAUGUUCUUGUAUUUAUCGUUAAUAAACCAAUUCAGACUUAGAAAAUGUACGCCUUUCCUACGCACUUCUCAGUAGCUGGUAUUCAGACUUACCUUAUGUAGGUGCGUAACGGGUUGCAGGCGUGGUUCCCUUGCGUGCGCUGAGAAAAUGUAAUUCAGCAGCUGAAAACCCUCCCACUUGCUGGUCAUCAGAUUUUCUCAUGGAGUUUUCAUUCAGUAGGGUUAUAAGUACAUUUAUCUAAAGCCAUCCCUUUAAAUUUGGUGUACCUUUAAUUUGAAUUUUCUCAACAGACUCGUAUACUAGAAUAUAUGGAAUGGGUCCGAAUAUUAGGGAUCAAUUAAAGAAAGGCAUAUAAAAUCACGCAUAUUCGUAAUCUUUUCGGCACCAAUUGGUAGAUAAAAAAAUACUCUGAUCUUGUAUAUUAUUUAGGGUUCGGAAAGUAUUUAUGAAUAAUAAUAAAACAGAUUUGGAGAGCCUUUACAAACAAAAUAUAAUGGUGAAUCAAAAAUAGUGGUUUGAUUCAUUCUGAAUGUUGUUGCCAUAUUCAAUUGUUCAACCCAUGAAAUAUUGGAAGGUGAGAAAAGUGUACAAUAAAAGUUGAACAGUAUAAUAAAUAAUGGAACUGUGAUAAUGGUCCAAUAGUCAUGGAUCUUGCCCCAGGCUACAUGAUCUGCUUUCCAUAAUGAUUCAAAUAGGCUACAUGUCCCAAAUUAUUGCCCAACUUGUAAUACGUUAGCCUUAUAUGAUACACUAUUGCUAGCGAUCCCCAGGAACAACCACAGGAACGUGACAGAGGAAAGAAAGGUAAACUAACGAUGUAUUGGAAUGAUGCAAAAUGUGACAGUUAUAAAUGUACUGUAUAUAUAACUGACGGUGGCUACCGAUAGUGGCUAAUAUUUAACAUGAUUCAAAUUGGGAAAAAAAGAUACUGUGAAAAGUCCUGACAUUUAAUAAUACUGAAACAAAAUAUAAAUGCAACAUUUAACAUGUGCUGAAAUAAAAGAUCACUGACAUUUCCCAUACACACAAAAGCGUAUUUCUCUCAAAUGUUGUGCACAGAUGUGAGCAUUUCUCCUUUGCCAAGAUAAUCCAUCCACCUCACAGGUGUGGCAUAUCAAGAAGCUGAUUAAACAAUAUGCUCAUAACACAGGUGCACCUUGUGCUGGGGACAAUAAAAGGCCACUGUAAAAUGUGCAGUUUUGUCACACAACACAAUGCCACAGAUGUUUCAAGUUUUGAGGGAGCAUGCAAUUGGCAUGCUGACUGCAGGAAUGUCCACCAGAGAUGUCUACCAUAAGCUGCCUCCAACGUCGUUUUAGAGAAUUUGGCAGUACGUCCAACCGGCCUCACAACCGCAGACCACGUGUAACGACGCAAGCCCAGGACAUCCACAUCCGGCUUCUUCACCUGCGGGAUCGUCUGAGACCAGCCACUCAGACAGCUGAUGAAACUGUGGGUUUGCACAACCGAAGAAUUUCUGCACAGUCAGAAACCGUCUCAGGGAAGCUCAUCUGCGUGCUCGUCUUCCUAACCAGGGUCUUGACCUGACUGCAGUUCGGCAUCGUAACUGAAUUCAGUGGGCAAAUGCUCACCUUUGAUGGCCACUGGCACGCUGGAGAAAUGUGCUCUUCACGGAUGAAUCCCUGUUUCAACUGUACCGGGCAGAUGGCAGACUGCGUGUAUGGCAUUGUGUGGACGAGCGGUUUGCUGAUGUCAAUGUUGUGAACAGAAUGCCCCAUGGUGGGGUUAUGGUAUGGGCAGGCAUAAGCUAUGGACAACGAACACAAUUGCAUUUUAUCGAUGCCAAUUUGAAUGCACAGAGAUACCGUGACGAGAUCCUGAGGCCCAUUGUCGUGCCAUUCAUCCGCCACCAUCACCUCAUGUUUCAGCAUGAUAAUGCACGGCCCCAUAUCGCAAGGAUCUGUACACAAUUCCUGGAAGCUGAAAAUGUCCCAGUUCUUCCAUUACCUGCAUACUCACAAGACAUGCCCCCAUUGAGCAUGUUUGGGAUGCUCUGGAUCGACAUGUAUGACAGCGUGUUCCAAUAUCCAACAACUUUGCACAGCCAUUGAAGAGGAGUGGGACAACAUUCCACAGGCCACAGUCAACAGCCUGAUCAACUAUGCAAAGGAGAUUUGCCGCAAUGCAUGAGGCAAAUGGUGGUCACACCAGAUACUGACUGGUUUUCUGUUAUCUGUGACCAACAGAUGCAUAUCUAUAUUCCUAUUCAUGUGAACUCCAUAGAUUAGGGCCUAAUUUAUUUAUUUCAAUUGACUGAUUUCCUUAUGAACUGUAACUCAGUAAAAUCGUUGGAAUUAUUGCAUGUUGCGUUUUUUUGUUCAGAGUAAAACAUUCUAGAAAUCAUAAAACAACUCUGUAGGUUUGGCGCUAUACUGUCAUUUGCGCAUGGCUACAGAAGCUUAUAGCUUGGAUCUCCAAAUUUCAUCCCUGAAAGUUAUAAGGCCAGAAUUAUAUAAACUUCACUGUGGAAAAGGUGAUAUGUUGGACCACCCAUACACAAAAAAUUUAUGCACGUAUGACUGUAAGUCGCUUUGGAUAAAAGUGUCUGCUAAAUGGCAUAUUAUUAUUAUUAUUAUAUUAUAUGUUGAUAUGCUUUUGUUUGCUGCCAUAUGACUGGUUUCACAUUUGUCUCCACAUUUGUGUCCAGCAAUCAUAAGGUCAUAUUUACAAUCCCCUUAUCCAAAUGGCUUACUCAUUUAUCUAGCUCUUAUCAAUAGCUCUCAUCAAUUGGUAAAUUACAGUGCAUGGAGAAUGGUGUUAUUGCUAUCGGAAAAAAAUAAAGUAGAUGUUGUUCCACUUGGAACCGACAGGUUGCUUGCCUUUAUAAAGGUGGUGGAAUUAUGAGGGAAUUAAGUCAAGGUCAGAAUGCGGUGUAUCUGGAGACACCUCUGCCACACCUUCAUUUAUUUUAUCUCCACCCCAAAUGAAUAGCUGAUGAAUAGCAUGAUAUUCUCAUGCUUAAGUUCGAGGUCAGAAUAAGUGUAGAGAGAAAAGUGCAUAAAAAGGGAAUUAGGUUCCAUUUAUGUGCGCUUAACUCAGGUCAGAAUUCCCCCCCUAUUAGAAUACAGGUGCUACGUUAAUCAUAAAGGGUUUCGCAAGGAACCAAAAUGGGUUCUCCUACAGGAACAGCCGAGGCACACUUUAAUUGUUCUAGGAAGCACCUUUUUUUCUAAGAGUGUAUCGUUCAUAUCAUCCAUGUGAAUCCAGCCUUGUCACAAUACGGGCACGUAUUAACCCUACUAACCCAUAACCCUAACCCAACUGUGAUAGAGUUUAACAGGGCAAAAGGGUAAACAGUACUGUCCUUUAAAUGUGACGGUAUCUCUCAUCUACCUCCAUAGACACAUCUGUGUGUGACAUCAUCCAGCUGUCGGCCAUCAGCGGGGAGAGGAUGUUCAACGUGUACGCUCUUCCUCACUGCAGCAUGACGAACCAGGCCUCCAUUGUCACAGGGUUCACCGUCAGGGACCACCAGACCCUGCUCCUACACGGUCAACCGGUGGACACCAUCCCCCUCAGAGAGGCCCUCACCUCCUUCAUCACCUUCCUCCGCUCCUUCCACAAGCCCCUACUGGCGGCCCACAAUGCCCGGCGUUUCGACUGCCCCGUGCUGGCCAGGGCUCUGGGGGAAUGCUCCCUGUUGCACGAGUUCCAGGAAGUAGUGUCUGGUUUCCUAGACACCUUCUUGAUUAGUAAGGAGAUGUUUUCAUCCAGACUGACCAGGUACUCUCAGGAGCACCUGGUCCGUGUGUUCCUCCAUAAAACGUACGAGGCUCACAACGCCUUGGAGGAUGUCAAGGCCCUGCAGGAGCUCUAUCAGAAAUGGAGUCCCAGCCAGUUGGUGGUGCACCGUCAAACCUUUCCCCUGCAACACGCCUCUAACCCUAGAAGGGCUUUCUGAUCGAGGGAAGCAUCUGUGCAAUUUAUUUUAUUUUAUUACACACGCAGGUUGUGCUGUUUUUAAGUGUGUUUUCACGGUUACUUGUAGCUCUUCAAUCUAGAGAAAGACAUUAGGAAGUCCUUUGAAUUUGCGGCAUAUCUGUGUGCCCUGGUCUUUCCCGUGCAUAUAGUACUUUUGUGGAUGAUCAUGUCCGCAGUAUAAAAAUAAAAUAAAAACUUGUAACUGUAAAUAUUGUAAUGUACAAUUUUAGCAAACAAUAAUCAUGUGGUAGUGUGUGAAAAAUAAAAAACAUGG